GACAAGCAUCGCUGGGUGUCGGAUUGAUUUAAUAUUCCGCGACGUGCCAGUGAGAAAUCUCGUUAGACGCACGCAGAGACAGAUCGCUCGCUAAAGAUGAGGACAUCUUGAGGAUGGCCUGCACGCAUUCGGACUAAAAGUGCACCAUUGCGCAUCACUGGGAGCUUUUUUUUUUUUUUUGGGGACAAGCCACUAAGGGACAUGUCGGAGAAACACGGUCUCGAAGACUCCAGCCGGCAGACAAUGCAGCCCCCUCCAUACCCCCAAGACCCUAACGUACCUCAACACGCCAACAUGGUGCCCAGCGCUCAGUCCGGCUAUCCCCCACUGCCGCCACCCACGGGCGCAGAGGGAUACCUCCAAGAGACUCAGUUCCACUGUAACACAAUGGGACCCCCCGGGGCUCCACAGGGCUACACGGUCCAGACUCAGGGCCCCGGAGGAACCAUACCACAUCCCCCGGUGGGGUACCUCCACCCUGGAUACCCUCUGCAGCUGCAGCCGUGCACAGCUUACGUUCCUGUGUACCCCAUGGCGUCGGGACAACCCUACAUGGCAGCCACAGGGGGCCACCCGGCGAUCCCACCGGGUCAGAUUCAUCCCAUGCAAAUGCCGCCCAACAUCACCUUAAUGGACCGCAGACCUCCACAUGACUACCUGCCCAUCGCUGUGCUCACUACUGUGUGCUGCUUCUGGCCCACUGGCAUCAUUGCCAUCAUCAAAGCAGUGCAGGUGCGUACGGCGAUCGCCAGAGGGGACAUGGUGACGGCGGAGAUCGCUUCCCGCGAGGCCCGCAACUUCUCCUUCAUCAGCCUGGCCGUGGGCAUCGCCUCCAUUGUGCUCUGCACCAUCCUCACCGUGGUCGUCAUCAUCGCCUCGCAGCAUCACGACGACGACUGGGAGCCGUAACCGCCCGCCGCAUCAGAAUCCAUCACAGCGAGUUAAUUACAUCUAAAGGGUAGCGGCGAUACUGCUCGCAGCUACACACCCAUGUGACCCACAUACACACUGGAUGCCAAAUACUGAUGAGUGUUGCUGUGAUCCAACUAAUAUUUACAUACUUUUCACAGGUGAAGUGACAGUAUCGACCAAAAUCAUCAAGUCCCGGUCAACCCUCUUCUUCCUAUUCCUUAAGACUGCCCGCUUAAGUUGAUGUCUGCUUUUGUCGACACUAAAUAUGAGAUCCGAAUUUUUUAUGAAAAAUGCUGAUUUGUUCAGAUGUGAUGCAAUAGUGUUAACUUCAUCAUUAUUGCUAAGCGGAGUAAAACAACAAGGUUAAAAUGGGCAGAUUGGGACUUCCUGUUCAGUGCAAAGUAAGAUUCAAACUAAAACUGAAGAGUGUAACGGAUUUUUACACUCAAAUACAGUGGAGCCCGCUUAUGUUGACAACCCGUCUAAUGUCGACAACACAACUGAUGUGACAACCCGAAUGUCAGCAACACAUCUCAUGCCGCAACCCGUUUAGUUUGAUGGCCAACAUAUUGUCUAACGUGACAACUCGUCUAAUGGUGGCAACCGGUUUGUCGACCACCCGUCUAAUGUGACUACUCGACUAAUGACACAACCCAACUAAUGUGAAAAUCUGUUCGAUUUCACCACUCAUCAAAAGUGACAACUUGUCUAAUGCCAACCAUUUGUCUAAAGUGACAACUCAUCCAAUGUGACAACAUGUCUAAUGUGACAACCCAUCUAAUGUCACUACCCAUUUAAUGACACAACCCAUCUAAUCUGACAACAUGUCUAAUGUCACAACCCGUCUAAUGUCUCUUGUCUAAUGUCACAACCAAUUUAAUGUGACAACAUGUCUAAUGUCACAACCCGUCUAAUGUCUCAUGUCUAAUGUCACAACCGAUUUAAUGUGACAACAUGUCUAAUGUCACAACCCGUCUAAUGUCUCAUGUCUAAUGUCACAACCCGUCUAAUGUCUCAUGUCUAAUGUCACAACCGAUUUAAUGUGACAACAUAUCUAAUGUCACAACCCGUCCAGUGUCACAACCCAUCUAAUGUGACGGGAUGUCUAAUGUGACAUGUCUAAUGUCACAACCCGUCUAUUGUCACAACCCAUCUAAUGUGACAGCAUGUCUAAUGUGACAUGUCUAAUGUCACAACCCGUCUAUUGUCACAACCCAUCUAAUGUGACAUGUCUGUCACAACCCAUCUAAUGUGACAACAUGUCUAAUGUCACAACCCAUCUAAUGUCACAACAUGUCUGUCACAACGCGUCUAAUGUGACAACCUGUCUAAUGUGACAACAUGUCUAAUGUCCCAACCCAUCUAAUGUCACAACCCGUCUGUGACAACCCAUCUAAUGUCACUACCCAUCUAAUGCGACAAACUGACUAAUGUCACAACCCAUCUAGGAUGACAACCCGACUAAUGUCACAACCCGACUAGUCUAAUGUUGACAACCUGCCUAAUGUGACAACCGGUUUAAAGCGACAACCCUUCUAAUGUUGACGACCUCCCUAAUGUCACAACCCGACUAAUCUAACAAUCCAACUAAUGUGACAAACCAUCUAAGAUAUCACCCCUUUUAAUGUUGACAACCGGUCUAAGGUGACAACCCGUCUAAAGACAACAGCUCAUCUAAUGUGACAACCCGUCUAAUUUCACCACUCGCCUAAAGUGACAACCCGUCCAAUGUUUCCAACCCGUUUAUGUUGACUAAAUCAUUAAGUACCAAAGUCAACAAUUCAUCGAAUGUGACAACCUGUCUAAUGUCACAUCCCAUCUACCAUGACAACCCAACUAAUCUAACAACCCGACUAAUCUAACAACCAAACUAAUGUGACAAACCGUCUAAGAUGUCCCCUCUUUUAAUGUUGACAACCUGUCUAUCGUGACAACCGGUUUAAGGCGACAGCCUGUCUAAUGUUGACAACCUGCCUUAUGUCACAACCCUACUAAUCUAACAACCCAACUAAUGUGAAAAACCGUCUAAGGUGUUCCCCCUUUUAAGGUUGACAACCGGUCUAAGGUGACAACCCGUCUAAAGACAACAGCUCAUCUGACGUCACAACCCGUCUAAUGUUGACAACCGGUCUAAGGCGACAACCCGUCUAAUGUUGACAACCGAUCUAAGGUGACAACCCGUCUAAUGUUGACAACCGGUCUAAGGUGACAACUUGUCUAAUAUGGACAUCCGGUCUAAGGUGACAACCCGUCUAAUGUUGACAACCGGUCUAGGGCGACAACCCGUCUAAUGUUGACAACCGGUGUAAGGCGACAACCCGUCUAAUGUUGACAACCGGUCUAAGGCGACAACCCGUCUAAUGUUGACAACCGGUGUAAGGCGACAACCCGUCUAAUGUUGACAACCGGUGUAAGGCGACAACCCGUCUAAUGUUGACAACCGGUCUAAGGCGACAACCCGUCUAAUGUUUACAAUCGGUCCAAGGCGACAACCCGUCUAAUGUUGACAACCGAUCUAAGGUGACAACCCGUCUAAUGUUGACAACCGGUCUAAGGUGACAACUUGUCUAAUGUUGACAUCCGGUCUAAGGCGACAACCCGUCUAAUGUUGACAACCGGUCUAAGGUGAUAACCCGUCAAAUGUUGACAACCGGUCUAGGGCGACAACCCGUCUAAUGUUGACAACCGGUCUAAGGCGACAACCCGUCUAAUGUUGACAACCCGUCUAAGGCGACAACCUGUCUAAUGUUGACAUCCGGUCUAAGGCGACAACCCGUCUAAUGUUGACAACCGGUCUAGGGCGACAACCCGUCUAAUGUUGACAACCGGUCUAAGGCGACAACCCGUCUAAGGCGACAACCCGUCUAAUGUUGACAACCGGUCUAAGGCGACAACCCGUCUAAUGUUGACAACCCGUCUAAGGCGACAACCCGUCUAAUGUUGACAACCGGUCUAAGGUGACAACCCGUCUAAUGUUGACAACACGUCUAAGGCGACAACCCGUCUAAUGUUGACAACCCGUCUAAGGUGACAAUCCGUCUAAUGUUGACAACCUGCCUAAUGUCACAACCCGACUAAUCUAACAAUCCAACUAAUGUGACAAACCGUCUAAGGUGUCCCCUCUUUUAAUGUUAACAACCUGUCUAUCGUGAAAACCGGUCUAAAGCGACAACCCGUCUAAUGUUGACCACCGGUCUAAGGGGACAACCCGCCUUAUGUUGACAACCGGUCUAAGGCGACAAACCGUCUAAUGUUGACAACCCGUCUAAGGCGACAACCCGUCCAAUGUUGACAACCCGUCUAAGGUGACAACCCGUCUAAUGUUGACAACCGGUCUAAGGCGACAACCCGUCUAAUGUUGACAACCGGUCUAAGGUGACAACCCGUCUAAUGUUGACAACCAGUCUAGCGCGACAACCCUUCUAAUGUUGACAACUGGUCUAAGGUGACAACCCGUCUAAUGUUGACAACCGGUCUAAGGCGACAACCCGUCUAAUGUUGACAACCCGUCUAAGGCGACAACCCGUCUAAUGUUGACAACUGGUCUAAGGCGACAACCCGUCUAAUGUUGACAACCGGUCUAAGGUGACAACCCGUCUCAUGUUGACAACUAGUCUAGGGCCACAACCCGUCUAAUGUUGACAACCGGUCUAAGGUGACAACCAGUCUAAUGUUGACAACCGGUCUAAGGUGACAACCUGUCUCAUGUUGACAACCAGUCUAGGGCCACAACCCGUCUAAUGUUGACAACCGGUCUAAGGUGACAACCAGUCUAAUGUUGACAACCCGUCUAAGGUGACAACCCGUCUCAUGUUGACAACCAGUCUAGGGCCACAACCCGUCUAAUGUUGACAACCGGUCUAAGGUGACAACCAGUCUAAUGUUGACAACCUGUCUAAGGUGACAACCCGUCUCAUGCUGACAACCAGUCCAGGGCCACAACCCGUCUAAUGUUGACAACCGGUCUAAGGUGACAACCAGUCUAAUGAUGACAACCGGUCUAAGGUGACAACCAGUCUAAUGUUGACAACCGGUCUAAAGUGACAACCAGUCUAAUGAUGACAACCGGUCUAAGGUGACAACCCGUCUGUUGACAACCGGUCUAAGGUGACAACCUGUUUAAUGUUGACAACCAGUCUAAGGUGACAACCUGUUUAAUGGUGACAACCAGUCUAAGGCGACAACCCGUCUAAUGUUGACAACCCGUCUAAAGUCACCAGCUCAUCUAAUGUGACAACCCGUCUAUGUGGACUACUUCAAGUCUCAGGGCUUUUAAUGCCCGUUUAUGUCAACAUGUGUUGUAGUGGUUUUAGUUUCUGGUCAAAAUCAGAAGUAAAUGUGCAAGCAAUGACUCAUUUGGUUUUGGGCUCACCAGUUUAGGGAGCGUCGACAUAAACAGGUUCCACUGUAAUAACUAGCUUUGUCCCAUUCUUGCUCUUAAAUUUUCCAUGGCGAUCGAUGUCGACGACCGCUUAUGUCGACGCGAGCGUGGCUCACCGUGUGCUAACACUCCAGCAAGUAUGUACAAUAUUCAUUUACAGUAGGAGGGGUGCAAAAACUGUGCCAUGUUGAAACCGUGUGCUGCUAUCGUCUUACUGCAAGUGUUAAGAGAUCCGUUUAAAAGACCAAAUGUUAAAGCAUUUUUAAAUAAUGUAGAAUUGUUCAUUUUUCAAAAAAUGUGUUGCUUAUUGCUUCAUUUCCUAGCUGCCAUGCAGUGAUGUCACACUUUAUCGUGAGAGGUUGCAGCUUAAUACAUGCACAGUGACGUACAUGCAUGACAAUUAAUGCAUUUGUGGUGAAGCGGUUGUAAAAGUAGGUGAUUUAUUCAACACAAUGUACAGUAGAUGCUGUCUCAAUGGAAGCAUUGAUAGAUUUAAUAUUUCUUUUUGUACGCGUUAUAGCUUACGUUGCGCUGCCCGGACUCAAAGAGGCAGCACAAGCUUGCAUGUCGUUUCUCUUUCUUUGCAAUAUUGAUACACUAUUAAUUUGUACUCCUGUGGAAUUAGUCAGGAUUUGAAUACAGUACACAAUUACAGUAUUGGAAAGCUUCAAAAUGAAUGUUUUGCCUGGCCUGAGUUUUUUUUAAAAUGUAAAUUCCCUUUUCUCUGUGGUUCUCAUGUCCUAUCUAAUCCUUGGUCUUGGUUUUAAACAUAUCUUGCUUCUCCUUUAUUGGGCGAUGUUUUCCCCAAAUCCUACUGUAAUUCAUAUUUUUAUGGAAAGAAAAGUGUUCAAUUAUUAUAUAUUUUUUUCUUUUCAUGUGCCAAAUUUGCUUUAUCGCUCAGAAAUCACAUAUUUUGUAUGUGUUUUUUUAAAUGUACAGUAUAUAUGUAAAAAAAACACACAAAAAAACUCACUACCAAAAGUAUGGAUUAUAGUUUAUGCUUUCACCCUUAAAUCAAUGCUCAAAACAAUAAAAUUACAAUACAUUUUGUUAAAAUCUAAAAUAAACUGACAGUUAUGUAACAAUGUAUAUCAUACAGUAUUUAUUACAGGAAUUGCACUUAUUUCUUGUCGUAAAGUACAAUACAUACAGUCACAUGGGCAAACGCCUAUAAAAAACUAUCGAUUAUAGAAAUGAUAUAAAUGAUAUAAUAUAAAUGUUUUUUAAAUUAAUUUAUUUUUAUUUUUAUGUAUUUAUUAUAAAAAAUUAAGUAUUUUUUGUAUAAUGUAUAAUGAUAACAAUGUCAUUGUGAGCAAGUUAUAUUGCAGCACGCCCUUAUUUUAAUACAUGGUCAAUUUAACAUCAGCUUGUUAAGUACAGCAGGGAAGGGAUUUGUAUGACCCAAUUUCUAAAUGAGAGGAAAGAGGCUGCAAUGCAGUCUGCUGAAAAUUAUGGAAAGUGCCACUCUACAUGGCAACCGACGCUGUGGUCAAAGUUGGAAUUUCCACACAACACGUUUUGGGGUACUCAACACGCUACCUCCGUAGUGCACACGUCAAUUCGUCACGUUUCAUGUGUCAGGUAAUCUGCGAUGAAUGGGACCAUACAAAUCCCCUUCCUUCUGUACAUAAAUACCGUAUGCAAAGUGGGUGCUUCUAAUUAGUUAGUCCUUGCAUAUGUAGUUCAAUAAGCUGCAGUUCCUUUUUAGUGCAUUUUAUUGCCAGCUGCUGUUCUGUGUUUGAUUUAAAGGAGCCGGUGUGAUAGCAGGCUGACAAGUUUUUCAUUCUGACGGUUUAUGUGAAUAAUAAGACAAAGAAUAAAAAGGGUCUGUCAGUGA